CACAAAGCAAAACUCAUAUUAUUCAUCUCUUUAAAACAACUCCAAUGGCUUCUAUGGAUUCCACCGGUGUCGCCAACCUUCAAGAUGCCCUAAGGGUGACAGAAGAAAAAGUUGACUUUGUGGACGUAACUUCUGGCACAAGUAAGGAAACCCUUAUCAAGAAGAGAAGAGGAGGGUGGAAAUACGCAAUCCUUUUGCUUGCUAAUCAAGGCUUGGCAACUCUAGCCUUCUUUGGCGUUGGUGUCAACUUGGUCCUCUUCUUGACCAGAGUUCUCGGGCAAGAUAAUGCUGAUGCUGCAAAUAAUGUCAGCAAAUGGACUGGAACUGUUUAUAUGUGCUCCCUUAUUGGUGCAUUUUUAAGCGAUUCUUAUUGGGGUCGUUACUUAACUUGCACAAUCUUUCAGAUCAUUUUUGUUUUGGGUCUUGCUUUGCUAUCGGCAUCCUCUUUUUUCUUGCUCAAGCCACGCGGUUGCGGCGACGGCAAGAUAGCUUGCGAGCCAGUUUCAUCAAUCUUUGCUGGUGUUUUCUAUUUUUCAAUAUAUAUGGUGGCUUUUGGCUAUGGUGGACAUCAACCCACAAUAGCAACUUUCGGUGCUGACCAAUUUGAUGAAUCAAGCCCUAAAGGAAAGGAAUCAAAGGCCGUUUUCUUUUGCUACUUUUACUUUGCAUUGAAUGUUGGCUCUUUAUUUUCAAACACUAUUUUGGUGUAUUAUGAAGAUUCAGGGAAGUGGACUCUUGGGUUCAUUGCUUCCUCGGCUUCUGCAGUCAUAGGCCUUGUUUCAUACUUGAUGGGGAGUUCCGGUUACCGGUAUCUCAAGGCCUGUGGCAAUCCAUUGCCACGUGUCGCACAGGUGUUCGUCGCUGCGGCGAGGAAAUGGCAUCUUCCUGCUGCUAAUCCUAGUGAAUUGUAUGAACUUGAAGGAUCAGAAUCCGCCAUCCAAGGAAGUAGAAAAAUUCUUCACAGUGAAGACUUUGAGUUUUUAGACAGGGCAGCAACAAGAACAGAGAAUGAUCUCCAAGGACCACACAAUCCAUGGAGACUCUGCACUGUAACUCAAGUUGAAGAAGCCAAAUGUAUAUUGAAGAUGUUACCUAUUUGGCUUUGCACCAUAAUUUACUCUGUAGUUUUCACCCAAAUGGCUUCCCUCUUUGUUGAACAAGGAGAUGUGAUGAAAUCCAACAUCGGAAACUUCCACCUCCCUGCUGCUAGCAUGUCUGCCUUUGAUAUCUGUAGUGUCCUCAUCUGCACCGGGAUCUACCGCCAUAUUUUAGUCCCCGUCGCCGGAAAACUCAGCGGAAACCCUCGAGGACUCACCGAGCUUCAAAGAAUGGGAAUAGGACUCGUCAUUGGGAUGUUGGCGAUGCUUGCAGCCGGCGUCACCGAAAUGCGAAGGCUCAAAUAUGUGACUCCUGGAGAAAGAACAAGUUCAUUGAGCAUUUUCUGGCAAAUUCCUCAGUAUAUUCUUGUUGGUGCAUCAGAAGUUUUCAUGUAUGUGGGGCAGUUGGAAUUCUUCAAUGGACAAGCCCCAGAUGGGAUCAAAUCCUUCGGGAGUUCGCUGUGCAUGGCAUCGAUUUCGCUCGGGAAUUUCGUAAGCAGCCUGCUGGUGAACAUGGUGAUGGGGAUCACCGCCAGGGGCAGCAACCCCGGGUGGAUUCCGGAUGAUUUGAACUCCGGCCAUAUGGAUAGAUUUUACUUCCUCAUUGCGGCGCUUACGGCUGUUGAUUUUGUGAUUUACUUGUUCUCUGCUAGAUGGUACAAGCCAAUAAAUCUUGAAGGGGAUGAGAAGGAAUUGAUUCAGAUGAAGGAAGCUCAAGAGGAUGAUGUGAUCGGGAAAGUUUAGAAUAAUUAAUGUUUGCUUGUUUAAUUACUUGGUUUUAAUUAUUUCUAGAAGUACGGCUAAUAGUAAAAAGCUUUAGAAUAUGAUCGAGAAAGCCAGACCUGUUCUUUGUGAGAGUUGCAGUUCAGGGAAAUAAUUAACGUAAAAAGGGAUGACUGCUUUCUUGUAAUGAAGUUUUCAAGAUUUGGUAGUUUCUUCUCUUCUUAAUUUAAGCGUCCAGUAAUUGUUCGUUAUC